AUGUACAGCAUCGUGAACCUGAAACUGCUCUCAUUCAGAGAUGUGGCCGUUGAUUUCUCUCCAGAAGAGCGUGAAUGCCUCCAGCCUGCUCAGUGGAGUCUGUACAGGGACGUGAUGUUGGAGAAUUACAGCCACCUUGCGUUCCUGGGUCUUGCUUUCUCUAAGCCAUACCUGGUCACAUUUCUGGAGCAAAGACAAGAGCCUCGAAGUGUGAAGACACAGGCAAGUGUAGGCACAAAGCCAGGAUCAAAACCCCAUAACUGUAAAGAAUGUGGGAAGGGCUUUGAUUGGAAGUCACAGCUUGUUCAACACCAGAGAAUUCACACAGGAGAGAAACCCUACAUAUGUAAAGAAUGUGGCAAAGCUUUUAACUGUUCUUCCAGGCUAAAGCGACACCAAGGCAUUCAUAGCGAUGAGAAACCCUGCAAAUGUGAAGUAUGUGGCAAAACAUUUAGCUGUUCAUCAUAUCUGAGUAAGCAUCAAAGAAUCCAUACUGGAGAGAAACCCUACAAAUGUGCAGAAUGUGGCAAAGGUUUUAGCAGUUGUUCAGGCCUUAUUGUUCAUCGCAGAGUUCACACUGGAGAGAAACCCUACAAAUGUGAGGAGUGUGGCAAGGCCUUUACAAUUCGAAUAGCACUGUCCACACAUCAGAGAAUCCAUACUGGAGAGAAACCUUACAAAUGUGAUGAAUGUGGAAAGACUUUUAAUGUUCACUCAACACUCUCUAAACACCAAAGAAUUCAUACUGGGGAGAAACCUUACAAAUGUGAAGAGUGUGGCAUGGCCUUUAAUGUUCGCUGCAUUCUUUCUAAGCACCAGAGGAUCCAUACUGGAGAGAAACCCUACAAAUGUGAAAAAUGUGGUAAAGCUUUUAACCGUUCUUCCAGCCUUGACCAACACCAGCGACUACACAAUGAAGAGAAAGUCUACAAAUGUGACAAAUGUGGGCAGGCCUUUUCUUUGGCUUCAUACCUGAAUAAACAUCUGAAAACUCAUAUGGGUGAGAAACCCUACAAGUGCAAGGAAUGUGACAAGGCCUUUUACUGUUCUUCCAAUCUUAUUUACCACCAGAGAGUUCACACUGGAGAGAAACCAUAUAAGUGUGAUGAGUGUGGGAAAGCCUUUAGCAUUUAUUCAUCCUAUAUGAAGCACCAGAGAAUUCAUACUGGAGAAAAACCCUAUAAGUGCAAUGAAUGUGAGAAAGCCUUUAAUAAUUGUCAUAGUCUAACUCGACACCAAAGAACUCAUACUGGAGAGAAACCCUACAAAUGCAAACACUGUGGCAAAGCCUUCAGUUGUACUACAGGCCUCAAUCAGCAUGAAAGAAUUCACACUGGAGAGAAACCCUACAAGUGUGACAAAUGUGGCAAGGCCUUUAAUUCUUCCUCAAGCCUUAAACAGCAUUACAGACUCCAUAUUGGAAAGAGGUCAUACAAAUGUGAACAGUGUGGCAAAGUCUUUAAAAACUGUUCAGGCUUUACUAGACACAACAGAAUUCACAAUUGA